AUGCCCUGCUUGCCGAGAUGCACCGAGACGGGGAACAUUGAUCUGAACAAAAGCUCCUUGUUCAACCCUGCCAACCUCAGCCAACGCGGUGACAUGAAGUGCACUGCCGAUGACUAUGAGGACUUGAAGCAACCUACUGAACUUAACGAAGAACAUCGCAAGGCCCUCCUGCGUGGUGAGCCCGUCCGAGUGGGUACUCAGGCCCUCAAGACCCGUUGUCUUAUCACUCCUCGGGGUUGCGUGCUUCGACAUCUCGAACCCGAAGAGGAAGAGCGAUACCUCGAACUGGAGAAGAGUCGGAAUGGAAUCAUUGAUGUCUUCCCGGUCGGCGACGAUUCGAGCAACAUCAACGGUGGCCUUGAUGCCCUUUUCGUGAACCCUGAGAAAUACAACAUUUUCUGGGUGGACGACGCUAUGGCCCAGAUGGGAUCCUCCUCUCCCGUCCUGGAGCCCACCGAUGCCAUUAUUCCGCCCAACGUUCUUUCCGCCAUGGAGGCAGAUAGCACCCGCAGUCACGACUGGGCCGUCGCCCACUCUGCCGAGCUUCUCCAGACCACCACGGCCGCCGUACGCUCCUUCGCCGCUGCUACCGCCAAACAGCUGCUCGGCUCCGCUGCCAUCCCUGGCAGCAACCCUACCCUCGAAGAUGUAGCGGCGAUGACGGACGAGGAGCUGAAGAGUCUUUCCAGCAAGACACAGAAGGACCUAGAGACUACGCGCAAGGAAAUGGACUUGCUGGAUAAGAAGUUCGCCGGCCUGCUGCGCCGCAACAAGAAGCUUCAACAGCAGGCUCUGGCUCUCACUGAGUCCGCGAAGCCGAAGCAGAGUGCAUGA